UUUACAGACCUGUUAAGUAGCUCUGCUUUGGUUCCAAAGGUUGUUGACAUUUUUCUGUUUAACCAUUAUUAUAUUUCCUACAAUGACUGCUUGACUUUCCUGUUUUUCUGCUUUACUUUAAUUUUUAUGCAAGGUUUUAAUCUGGUUGUAAUGUCCUUUGACAGAGUCAUGGCUAUCAUGUACCCUCUGCACUAUCAAAUGAGAGUGAGCCACAAGCUCAUUUUAUCUUUGAUCGCUUUUUUCUGGCUUCUUGCCAUAACUCUUAUACUCAUUGCAGUUGGCCUUCUCACAAGACUUUCUUUUUGUAAGUCUGUUGUUAUUCAGAGCUACUAUUGUGAUCAUGGUCCUAUGUAUCGUCUUGGCUGCAAUGAUAAUACUCCCAAUCAUGCAUUUGCUGGUUCUGCACUAGUUAUAAUUCUUGGGUUUCCACUUGCAUUUAUCGUGGGAAGUUACUGCUGUAUUGGCUAUGCUUUGUCAAAAAUUUCUACAUUUAGGGAAAGGGUGAAAGCUUUCAAAACCUACACAGGUCACCUUUCAUUAGUGGCAAUUUAUUUCCUUCCAUUUACAUUUGUGUAUAUGUUUGGGGGUGUAAUACAUCCAAAUGCUAGAAUCAUAAGCCUUUCUAUUAGCACUGCAUUGCCUCCCAUGUUAAACCCGAUUAUCUAUGUUCUUCAGACACAGGAGAUCAAAGAGUCAUUAAACAAGUUGCUGAAAACUCGAGUUACAUCCAAAAUUGCUACAAAAUAUUAA